AAGGAUCCGAGGAUCGGGAUGUGUUACGCAACUUGCAAAUGGUGCGGGAAAAAGUGUAGCUUGGGGGUUUCACGCGGAUACGGGAUGACCAAGAAGCAUAUUAAGUCAUGUGACAAAGCCAAUGGAUCGGGAAAUUUCGAUUGAUUACAAAAUGUAUUUCAUAUUGUAUUUUUUUUUCUCAUUUGUCAAAUGUAGUUCCUAUUUCAUUUCAAAUAAAUGCACUUGAAGUUUGUUUAUAGUUUUAUAACUCUGGCAUGAUAUCAUUUUUUUGGUAUCAUGUCUGUCCCAAGCCAGGAUAAAGCAGGAGAGUGUUGUGGUAGGCGUGUGACGGCCAACAGUAUCACUUAGUCACAUCACAUGAUAUGAAUCGAAAUAUGAAUAUUGUGAUAUCAUGUAUCGAUUCAUGUUAGCCGACCCCAAUAUCUUUUGAGACUAAGGCUUAGAUGUUGUUGUUGUAUACUUUAUAGUUUUAUAGAAGUAUUAGAAACAAACUUCAAAUGCAUUUAUUUGAAAUGAAAUAGGAACUACAUUUGACAAUUGAGAAAAAAAUACAAUAUGAAAUACAUUUUGUAAUCAAUCGGAAUUUCCUGGUCCUUUGGCUUUAUCAUAUGACUUAAUAUGCUUCUUGGUCAUCUCGUAUCCACGUGAAACCCCCAAGUUACACUUUCCCCGCACCAUUUGCAAGUUGCGUACCUGAUGGAGUAUAUUGAUCUGGACCCCAGGACCCACAUAUUCAGAAGAAUAAGAGGCACAUUUGUUAUUCAGUGGGGCCUCCGUCGGCCAGAUGGCCCUCCAUCGGCCAGAAAGAUAUCAACUCAGAACAUGGUCCAGAAGCCAGGAGAACCGGGUGUCUCUGUCGGCCAUGGCUUCGUCGGCCAUGACUCCGUCGGCCACAAAGGGCUCCCAGAACCGGAUUUCACACUUAGUUAUUUUUACCUAUUUUGUACUCAACCCGAUAGUGGCCCAAUUGUAAAUUGGCCCUCCAAGCCCAAGACUUGGGAGUUCAGCCCUAAUUUCCUCUAUAAAUACUCCCCUUUCGGGUAGUUGUAGGAGGUCCACAAAUCAUUUAUUGCAAGGAGUUAUUGCACUUCUCUCUCU